GAAUUCAUUUUCUUCUUCUCUGUGUCUCUCUCUCACUCUCUCUCUCAAGUUCCGAAGCAGAUCUCUGAGCUACUUAGAUGACAACGAUUAAGCUCAUCAAUGCAAGACAAAUCUUCGACAGCCGUGGCAAUCCUACGGUUGAGGCGGAUGUUUUACUAUCAGAUGGUACCUUAGCUAGAGCUGCAGUUCCUAGUGGCGCAUCCACUGGUAUUUAUGAAGCACUUGAACUACGAGAUGGAGGAUCGGAUUACCUUGGAAAAGGUGUUUUAAAGGCUGUUGAGAAUGUCAACACCAUUAUUGGUCCGGCUUUGGUUGGAAAGGACCCAACUGAACAAACUAGUAUUGAUAACUACAUGGUGCAACAGCUUGAUGGAACAACUAAUGAAUGGGGUUGGUGCAAACAGAAGCUUGGAGCAAAUGCAAUAUUGGCUGUUUCUCUUGCUGUCUGCAAAGCAGGGGCUAGUGUUAAGAAGAUACCACUUUACAAGCAUAUUGCCAAUCUUGCUGGUAACAAGACCUUGGUGUUACCAGUUCCUGCUUUCAAUGUCAUCAAUGGAGGAUCACAUGCAGGAAACAAACUUGCUAUGCAGGAGUUCAUGAUCCUACCUGUAGGAGCUUCCUCUUUCAAAGAGGCAAUGAAGAUGGGAGCGGAAGUAUAUCACCAUUUGAAGGCUGUGAUAAAGAAGAAAUAUGGCCAAGACGCAACAAAUGUUGGUGAUGAAGGUGGCUUUGCCCCAAACAUUCAGGAGAACAAGGAGGGGCUUGAGUUGCUCAAGACGGCCAUUGCUAAAGCUGGUUACACUGGAAAAGUGGUUAUUGGAAUGGAUGUUGCUGCCUCUGAGUUUUAUGGAACAGACAAAACAUAUGACCUGAAUUUCAAAGAAGAGAACAAUGAUGGGUCACAGAAGAUCUCAGGAGAUGCCCUUAAAGAUCUUUACAAAUCAUUUGUGGCUGAAUACCCAAUUGUAUCGAUUGAAGAUCCAUUUGAUCAAGAUGACUGGGAACACUAUGCCAAGUUAACCAGUGAAAUUGGAGACAAAGUACAGAUUGUGGGAGAUGAUCUCUUGGUCACUAACCCAAAGAGGGUUGAGAAGGCAAUCAAGGAGAAAGCAUGCAAUGCCCUUCUUCUCAAGGUUAACCAAAUUGGGUCUGUUACUGAGAGCAUUGAAGCUGUGAAAAUGUCCAAGCAUGCUGAUUGGGGUGUCAUGGCUAGCCAUCGCAGUGGAGAGACAGAAGACACAUUCAUUGCAGAUCUCUCAGUGGGUUUGGCCACGGGUCAGAUCAAGACGGGAGCUCCUUGCAGGUCAGAGCGUCUUGCGAAGUACAAUCAGCUUCUGCGAAUUGAGGAGGAGCUUGGGUUGGAAGCAAUCUAUGCCGGACCCAACUUCCGCAGGCCUGUUGAGCCCUAUUAGGAUUUGAGAGAGAGAGAGAGAGAGAGAGAGAGAGAGAUGAGCUGCCUAGACUUGUGCAGCUUUUUGCGUGCAAUGAAAAAAAUAAGCUAAUGGUUUGAAUGAAUGAGGAAGGCAGACAGCCUUUUGAGUAAUCUUGCAGUGUAGGUUUUACUUUGAAAUUGAGCUCGUAGUAGUAAGACGUUAGGGUAAUGGAAUAUGCUGUUCUAGAUGCGCAGCCCUAAACUACCCUUUCCGGGUUUCUUUCUGGAAAAUAUGUUAACAGAAAUUUGAUUUUUAUUUAUAAAUUUUCUUUUGUAAUUUUUUG